AUGACGAAGAGACCUAGCGACGAUGACGUCGAUUGCAUCGAAGAACCUCCUGCGAAAGUGGCUUGCCCGGAUACGAGCGAUAAUGACGGUAAGUUUUUGCUAUUAGUGUGAUU